GAAGGCCUAAAAGUCUGCCCAUCACAAAAGCCCAAAACAGGAAAUCCACACACACAUUUGCGCAUCGAAUCGAAUCAAAUAAAUUCCCCAAACCCUAGGUUUACUCUCUCGUCUCUCAGCCGCUCAAACCCUAGUCAACAGCGCCCCCCGAUUCAACGAGAGACAGAAUGACAACCCGCUUCAAGAAGCACCGCAAGAAGCGCGGUCACGUGAGCGCCGGCCAUGGCCGUAUCGGCAAGCACCGCAAGCACCCCGGUGGUCGCGGGAACGCUGGUGGUAUGCACCAUCAUCGGAUCCUCUUCGACAAGUACCAUCCUGGGUACUUCGGAAAGGUCGGUAUGCGGUACUUCCACAAGCUCCGCAACAAGUUCUACUGCCCCAUAGUCAAUAUCGACAAACUCUGGUCCCUCGUCCCGCAAGAAGUGAAGGAGAAAGCCACCAAGGAUGCAGCGCCGAUUAUCGACGUGACCCAGUUUGGAUACUUCAAGGUUCUUGGAAAGGGGGUCUUGCCAGAAAACCAGCCAAUCGUGGUGAAAGCGAAACUGGUCUCGAAGAUUGCCGAGAAGAAAAUCAAGGAGGCCGGAGGUGCUGUUGUGCUCACUGCUUAGGUUAGAAUUAUUUUUGGGUUUUGAUCAAGUUUAAGUUUUUCGAAGACCUAUGCUUUAUUUGUUUUAAUUGUUUGGAGUUUAUUUUAAAUGAAAUAUUAUGUGAAUGUUACUAAUUUUUAUUUUAAACAUAUAAUUUUUGUUCGUAUAUUGGGAUGUUCUCUUUAUGU